CUGCGGUCAGGGGCUGAGAGGGGGCUGAGUCGCGCUGGUAUAUAAACGUAGCGCAAUUACGGUAAGACAUCACUUGGUACUUUCUCAGCAUAGCAUCAUCAUGGUCUUCGGGUUGAUAGCUCUCGCCACGCUCGUGGGUGCCGCAAGCGCCGGACUGAUCCCGUCCGGGCCCCAGGGGUACCAGGGUGCUUCCGGAUACGCCGGCGAAAACAACAACGAUCAAUUCGCUCAAACCAGUCCCGACUACCUCCACGCCGGCAACGAACUUUCCCGGGUUGGAUCAGCCGCCUUCAACCUGAACUCCAACAACGAGUACGGCCAGGGUGCCGAAUACCCCCACGGCAUAAGCAACGAGUACAGCCAGACCGGCGGUGAAUUCUCCCAACCCUCGGGAAACGAUCAGUUCGUCCAGUCCACACCCGAGUACCCCCACACCUCCAACGACCAGUUCGCCCAAACCACCCCCGACUACGCUCACGCAAACAACAACAACAACAACAACGGUAACAACAACGGUAACAGCGCCAACAACAACAACAACAACAACGAGUACGCGCAAACCACGCCGGGAUACCCGGUUCACGUUUCGGGAGAAUACGGGGCGACGACUCCCGGUUAUUCCCUGGUCUCCCACGAGUACAGUUCGUCGACGCCGGGUUACAACCACGUAUCGAGCGAUUACGCCCAAACCACCCCCAGCUACGGGCAGCCGGGAAGUGACUUCGUUCGGAACCCCGGUUCGUCCGGUUACAACCCGAUUCCCGCUAACUACGCUCGUCCCGUUCAAUCCGGCUUCGCUCAUUCCACCGGCGAUUACGUCCAGACCACCCCCGGCUACGGACACCCCACCGUUUCCGGUCACAGAACGAACCCGCCCGUCUACGUCCACGCGGUUCAGAGUUACACGCAAUCGCCGAUCUCCUACAACACCCCGGUCGCGAAGAACGAGCAGGUCCAGAAGAACGUCGACGCCGACUACGACCCCAACCCUGAGUACAGCUACUCUUACAACGUACACGACGAACAGACCGGGGACAUCAAGAGCCAGCAGGAGACGCGACGAGGUGACGUGGUGGAGGGAAGUUACUCGCUCGUCGAGGCCGACGGCACCCGACGCAUAGUGGAAUACACGGCCGACCCCCAGAACGGAUUCAACGCCGUCGUCCACAAGGAGGGUGUCCCCCGUUCGCCGGCGACCCCCGAGAACUACACGCCGAACGUUGCGAACGGAAAAUACGGAAAUCCCGUGACGCACGCUCCCCAGGGAUUUCCCACCGCCGCCGAGCACACCGGAUUCGCGGCGUCGACACCCCAUGGCCCCUACGACGCCCAGGCAUUCAACGGAUAUCAACACUAAGUGAUCUCGACCUUUGGAACUAACUAACUAUUUAUUCGAUGAUUGAAAUAAACGACUUUUUUUUAACCAAAUUACCGGUGAUUUUGAUUGCGCAACGAGGUUUCGAGGAACGACGAUGAUUUUAGUAUAUUGUACGAUGCGUUUGUCGCGAGAGAAGCUUUUGUAAACGAUGAAACUUGGGGUGAAAAUCCUAUGUGCCCACGGUUAGCAAUGUAUUACGGUAUCAUGUACCUACAGCGUGUUGCAAGGGGAUGAAUUGAUAGUAUUCUUUUAGCAAGUGUAGAUGAAUGUAAGUCCUGUUACAGACGGAACAUUAAAUUAAUUGCCCACGAAAUUGAA